GUUUUUUCGAAUAGUGUCAGUGAACGUUGCAUACGGGGUAGGUUGAAGCAUGUAUAAAAGAUCUGUUGGCAUGGUGGGUAGAUCAGUUCUGUUUGAUUGUAGUUGCAGUUCUUUCAUAGAGUGCAAUAUGUUGGCAAAGGUUAUUGCUAUCGCUACUUUUGUAGCUUCGACACAAGCAGGCCUCUUAGGUGCUCCUAUAUCGGCCCACAGUCUAACGUUGGGCCCAACUUAUGCCGCUCCUGCAUAUGCUGCUCCUGCAUAUGCUGCUCCUGCAUAUGCCACCCAUGCUUAUGCUGCUCCUGCAUAUGCCACCCAUGCUUAUGCUGCUCCUGCAUAUGCCACCCAUGCUUAUGCUGCUCCAGCAUAUGCUGCUCCUGCCAUUCUGAAGGCUCCAAUAGCUGCCCCAGCCAUUGUUAAAACUGCCCCUUCUGUAGACUAUGUGGCCUACCCCAAAUACCAGUUCACCUACGGCGUGCAAGACGGCCACACCGGCGACCAGAAGACCCAAAGCGAGUCCAGGGACGGCGACGUCGUCAAAGGGCAGUACUCCCUGGUGGAACCCGACGGUACCGUGAGAACCGUCCAGUACACCGCCGACGACCACAACGGGUUCAACGCGGUGGUCACCAGGUCGGGGCACGCUGCCCACCCCGCCACGCCCGUCAUCGCGCAGAAAGUCAUCGCUGCGCCAGUUGUGGCGCAGAAGGUUAUCGCUGCGCCGCAUUACGCGCAGGUGGCCGUGCCGCAGUAUGCGCAGGUGGCUGCUCCGCAGUAUGCGGCUUCUUUGGGAUUAGGUCAUGAUCUUGGAUUGGGAUACCUCAAAGGCUAAACUUC